AUGCCUCGCGGAUAUCGCUCCGCCACCGAAUACCGUUUCGGCGAAGAACAGACCGAUGCCAUUGUUCGAACCGCCGCCUACCAUCGCAAAGACUACUGUCUCUCCGUGAUCUGGUUCUCGCCUCGUGAACACGUCGAUAUUCAUCUAUCAAUAGCAACACCCUUCCAGCGGACUUCGAAUAUGGGACUCGGCUCCCUCGAUCGACUACCACUCGAGCUCUUGCAUGACACGUUGUUCCGUCUUGAUAUGCGUUCUCUAUUCAAGUUUCGACAAACAAAUCUUAGAUCGAGACAGACGGUGGACUCUCUCAAGCAGUAUCAGAUGAUAGUCUCGCAUGGACUGAACCUUCUCUGCGCCUUGUUACGAACACGACUUGCCACCGACAUUUCUCUACUCGACUUUUACAACGCACUAUGUAUCAAGGCUUGUAGUCUUUGUGGCGAAUUUGGCGGAUUUAUAUCUCUCCUAGCGUGGACGCGAUGCUGUUUCAAAUGCCUCAAAGAGGCUCCGCAGACCCAAGUGCAAACUCUUGCCGCUAUCCGAAAGCAAUUCCACCUCACUAAGGCCGAGUUAGACCAACUGAGGUCAUUCAAGACCUUGCCUGGAAUAUAUUCGAUGAAGGAAUCCGUGCACAAAUCCCGCAUUGCGAUCGUUUCUGUUCAUCAGGCUAGUUUGAUUUGCAGACGGCAAUCACAUGCACUGGGGCAAGCCCAGUCAGCGAGCUCAGAACGAAAUAAGAAAUUCAACUUUAUGGGGUCGUGUGCACUUCCUUAUUACGAUAAACUAACCGGCAAUGUCGAACACGGAAUGUCGUGUGCUGGGUGUCAACUUGCUCUUGAAAAGGACAUCAUCGGCACUAAGGGCGAGAAAUGGGCAUUCGAGGCUCGAGACAAAGUAUAUGCGCGAGAUGGCUUUUUGGAACAUUUUCGAUGGUGUGAACAGGCACAGCUGCUGUGGAGAUCGAGUGUCGAAGGUAAAAACAGGCCAACCGAGCUACCAGAGGCUGCUCGAAGAGGCGGCUACUUCAACAAGAGAGAAUAA